AUGUCUCUGGUCUGCUUCCCCUUCAAGACCGAGCACGUUCCGACGGUGCUGCGCAACGUCCAUGUAGCGGCCGAACACCCCGCAGUCUCGCUCGUCCUGCUCGUCGGCGCCUGCAGAAAUGCCUGCUUCAACGCGGUAGUCUCUGCCAUCGACGCAGUCAAUGCCUCGCCGACGCCCUUCGCCGUCCCGGUCGUGGUGCAGCAGCAGCAGCGGGUGGGCGCGCUGCGGCCGGGCAAGGGCGACGGCAUGAACUCGGCGCUUGACUACUUCCUGAGCGCGCACUUGGUGCAUGCCAACGCGCUCUCGGCGCCGCUGCAGCGCAUCCACUUCUACGACGCGGACAUUUCGUCGUUCGACGCGUCGUGGAUCACAAAGGCCGAGGCCGGCGCGGCGCUCGGCUACGACGUGGUGCGGCACUACUUCCCGCGCUCCUCCACGGACGCGCAGGUGACGUGGCAGAUCACGAAGGUCGGGUUUGCGAUGCUGUGGCCGCGCACGACGCUGCCGUGGGUGCGGCAGCCGCUGGGCGGGGAGCUGUGCCUGUCGCGCACGGCGGCGGAGGUGCUGGUGGGCGACGCGCGGUGCCGGCGGCAGAGCGACUGGGGCGUGGACACGGUGUACACGUUUGUGUGCGCGCAGAAGGGCCUGUCGCUGCUCGAGGUGUACGUGCCGCAGGGCAAGAUGCACGCGCUUUACGGCGGGCUCGGCGACCUCAAGACGAUGGUGUGCGAGUGCUUCGCGGCCGUGCAAUCGCUGCGCGGCGAGGCGGUGCGCGCCGCCGCGGCGGUGCACCAGAUCGACCCGGCGGGCGCGGCGCCGCGCGACAUCCGGCAGAAGGUGGCGUACGACGUGGAGAAGAGCCUCGGGCUGCUGCGCGCCAACUGGAGCGCGCGGCAGGAGACGCUGCUGCGGCUGUUCGGCGAGGACGUGGCCGCGCCCAUGCUGCGCGCACGCAACUGGCCCGAGUACGGCUUCAUGACCGAGCGCGUGUGGGUCGCGGCGUACCAGGUGUGUCUGCGGGAGUUUGUGCGCGGCGACGACGACUGGCGCGAGCUGCUGUUCCGGCUGUGGGUGGCGCGCGUGCUCAACUACACCAUGCGCGACGUGGUCAGGGGGUACGAGUACGCGAUGCAGGCCAACACGGAGAUGGUGAUGAAGCUGCUGGUGCAAGGGGACGAAGCGCGCGUGCCGAGCGGGGCCGCGGUGGACGGCAAGGGCGCGGCCGUUGCCGCGGCCGCCGCUGCCGGCGCGGCGCACGUGGGCGGGGUGGCGCAAGAGCGUGGCGCGGAGGCGGGGUGGCGCGAGGUGAACGUGGCGCAGCUGGCGCAGCAGGUCGAAGAGCGAGUAUCAUAG